AUGCCAUUGAAAUUUCAAGAAGAACAAUCAAAAACACGUAAACGUGGAUUAAAUGACACAUCACAAUUUCGAACUAUAGCCGAUUAUAAUAAAGAUCAAAGUGACUGUAACCGCGACGUUAGUUCUUCAAUAGGUAAAGAUAGAAUAACCUCAUCGUCUGAGGCGGAACUUUCAAAUUACUGCUCCAAAUCUUGCGUUAUUUACGAUGAAACAUGUUGCGAUAAGUGCAUCAAAAGACCAUUCAUUCUUUUCAUACUUCCAAUAAGUGUACUUAUAAUAAGUAUGGUCUUGUUUCCGGAUACUACUAUUGUAUAG